AUGGAGCAAAAAGUUGUUCUCAUCACCGGGUGCUCCUCAGGGAUUGGACUCAGCCUUGCUGUGCACCUUGCAUCAAAUCCUUCCAAGGCGUAUAAAGUCUAUGCUACCAUGCGUAACCUGGACAAGAAACAAAGGCUAAUGGAGAGUAUAAGAGGCCUGCAUAAAGACACCAUGGCUAUACUGCAGUUGGAUGUGACAGACCAGCAGUCAAUACUUGAUGCUAAGAGGAACAUUACAGAGGACAGAGUCGACAUAUUGGUUUGUAAUGCAGGUGUAGGUCUGAUGGGUCCUUUAGAAGUCCACUCAGUGGACACUAUACGUGGUAUUCUAGAGGUCAACCUGGUGGGCACACUUCGCACCAUACAGACCUUUUUACCAGACAUGAAGAAACUGAGACAUGGACGAAUCCUUGUGACUGGCAGCAUGGGAGGACUACAAGGUCUGCCUUUCAAUGAGGUUUACUGUGCUAGCAAAUUUGCAGUAGAGGGUGCUUGUGAGAGCCUGGCUAUUCUCCUUCAGCACUUCAAUAUUCACAUGAGCCUGAUUGAAUGUGGACCGGUCAACACAGACUUCUUGGUGAAUUUGAAGAGGACGGAGCCCAGUGAUGAGGCACUUCCUGUUGAUGCACAUACACGUAACCUGUAUGAACAGUACCUUCAGCACUGCGAGUCUGUGUUCCAGAACGCAGCACAGGAUACUGAUGACAUCAUUCAGGUGUAUCUGGAGGCAAUUCAAGCACAGACUCCAUUGCUCAGAUAUUACACUAACAGAGCCCUGCUUCCAAUGAGCACCCUAAAACUAAGAUCCCUGGAUGGCUCUCAGUACAUCCAAGCAAUGAGCAAGCUCAUCUUCUCUCCACCCAACACAGAUGCACAGAUAUGA